AUGAACAAAGUGGCGGGUAGCAACUCGGGAACAGAGGGGGAAGGAAAAGACGGAAGCGAUGGCGUCGACCGAGGCGACCACAGCAGUGGGCUAGCGCAUAGUGUGAAAAGUGAACAGUCUGGGGAAUACGUCACACGUGAGAAGACUCAGCAGAAUGACUCGAAAAAACAAUCCGAAGGAAGCACCCCAAAUGAAGCCACAAACGAUUCACCAAAUGAAGCCACAAACGGUUCCCCAAACGAUGCUCCAAACGAUGCCCCAAACGAUUUCCCAAACGAUUCCCCAAACGAUGCCCCAAACGAUUCCCAAAACGAUUCCCCAAACGAUUCCCCAAACGAUUCCCCAAACGAUGUGGACAACUCGUACGGAAAAGUGGAACCAAAGCUGAGUCGCGAGAAAAGCGACACCAUCGACAAAAGCGGAGAAGAACCAAAGGCGCAAGGCAGCAACUUAUCCACAAGCUCCGUAGACGAAAAAAAAAAAAACCAGAAAAAAACAUUAUUGCAACCACCACGCAUUGUGCGGGGAGAAAGCCAAAAAUAUGGAGGAAAAAAAAUAAAAUCCAAGUAUUUUAAACCAAACGAUACGUAUAACGACGGAAAGAAGGGAGAAAUCAACUCGAGCAGAAACAAAAAAAUAACGAAAGAAAAUUUAAAAGUAGAUAUGCGGGACUUCUUUUCUACCUCACAGGAGAAGGAUGUCUAUGAAUAUAUUCCAGACACGUCCAACUACACCAUAUGUCACAAUGAAGCAAAUGAGUUGUACAAAGAUGUAGUCACCAUGAAUAAGCAUUUUUUGGACGAAAUAAAUGUUAACAUAUAUUCGUCCCCUCUGGAUACCUACUUAUCGAGCAUGCUAGCCUCCGUAACGGAGGACUCAAAGCAGAGGGAUAGCGAUAUCUUGGAUGAAAGUCCCAUGAACAAACCACUAUAUUCUUACGAGUUUUACAAAAAUAAAAUUUUUAAGCACUACCAUAAUAACGGUUUAGUCAUCGAAGUUGAUCCUGCAAAAUUAAAAUAUAACAACUCUACGCAGUAUGAAUACGGUCAUAAUGUGUCUACUAAUUUAGACGACCCUCUGUCUUAUUUGCAAAAAUUAAAGUGCGAAGUGGAAGACAUAACUACCUACAUUAACGAUUUAGCCAAUAGGAAAAGGGAAACAUACGACCCGGAUAAUCCAUACGACAAAUUAAACGAAGAUGUAACAGAGCAUGAACAAAUUGUUAAGAAAAUUAUGCAUAACCGAGAGGCACCCGAAAUACUUCUGGAACUUUUUUCGCUAAAAAAUGACAUCGACGAUAUGAUAAAUGAUGACAAUUUGAGAACACUGCUGAAGUCGGAAAAGGCGGAGAAAAUGGUUCCCCAACAGGGGGGUACUACUUCUCCUGAGGAUUGUAACAGGGAAGUCGUGAGAGCUAUCCUCGACCGGCUACAGAACUGGGAUGAUGUUUUCCCGAAAAAGGGAGAACCAACUGGUGAAAAGGACAACAAGGAAGUCCAGAAGGAAGUCCAGAGGGAAGUCCAGAAGGGGAUCCAAAAGGAUGCCCAAAAGGACACCCAACGGGACAUACGUGGGGACAUGCGUGGGGACACACGUGGGGACCCUUUUCCAAAGCAAGUGAACAUCUACACCGUACAGAAUGGGAAAGAAAGGGAAAUUCAAACUGCCCACCUCCUAACGCUGGAAAGAAAAAUUGCAGAUAUUGAAAAGGCCUUGGGGAUAGAUAAAAUGGCCAUGCUUCCAUAUGAUGAUCUGAAUCAUGCCAUCCUGGAUUUAUACAAUAAACUAAGCCUGUUAGAUUCCAUCAAAUUAGAAAGUGUGAAAAAAAAAAUGCAAAAUCUGCAAUCGGAAUUUUUAAACUUAAAAAAAUUCAAAAAAGAUCUCUUAAACGUUUCCAAAGAUAGAGGAAAUUACGAAGAGUCCAUUGAUGAACUUUUUAAAAUCUUAGACCUCUGGAAGAAGACUCACCAUAUAAUUCCAAACGUGUUGGCACGGCUUCACCAACUGAAACGGGUGCAUGACAACGCGCAGUCCUUCUCCUCCAGGCUCGACGGUGGGCACAGCGUGAAUAUGUUCACCUAG